GGGGGCGGCCUGUGAAUAGGAAGGACUUCCCUGUGUGAGCAGACAGUCCCUGCAAUGCAGCCGUGUGUGGUAGCCCCCCUGACGUCGGGCAGCAUGCUGGAAGAUGAGCUGUUGUAUCCCCUGUAAAGAAUGGAUGACCCCUUAUUUACAUUUGGCAUCAUCGCCGAUAUCCAGUACGCCGAUAUGGACGAUGGGUACAACUACACCAAGACAAGAGUGAGAUUCUACAGGAAUAGUCUAUCACUGCUUCAAGGAGCCGUACGAGAGUGGGCUUCAGAAGGAGUCACCCCUCAGUUCAUCCUCCAACUCGGGGACCUCAUAGACGGUUUCAAUGUCUUGCACAAGUCGUCGGAGGCGUCACUAAAGAAGGUCUUGACAGAGAUCGAUAAACUGAAGACCCCCGUCCAUCAUAUCUGGGGGAACCAUGAGUUCUACAACUUCAGUAGGAAGCAGCUGAUGGAGUCAAGGCUGAACAGUUCAACAGUCCAGGCCACACUGACUACAGUCCCUGAAGAUGGUGGUGACCCCCUAGACUGGUUUUACGCGUAUCACUUCAGUCCUUCCUCCAAAUUUCGACUUCUUCUAAUUGACUCAUAUGACUUCAGUGUAAUCGGAAGAGAUCCGUCCAGUGAGAAGCAUAUCAAGUCCUCGAAGCUCCUGAGACAGAAAAACCCAAAUGAGGAUAAGAACAGUCCGAAAGAUCUCGCAGAAACUCGGUUUGUUCAGUUUAAUGGAGGGAUCAGCGCCGCUCAGCUCAGCUGGAUAAAGGCUGUUCUCGAGACCGCCGAUAAAAAUAAGGAAAAAGUAAUUGUGGCAGGUCACCUCCCUGUCCACCCCAGCUCCACAGAUCCAGUAUGUCUGACUUGGAACUAUCAGGAGGUCCUAGAUCUUUUACAGUCCCAUCCCUGUGUGGUGGCCUACUUUUCGGGGCACGAUCACGAUGGUGGUUACCACCAGGACGAGUGCGGAAUCCACCACUUAACCUUCAACGGCAUCAUUGAAACUCCCCCGGAGAGCCAGGCUUUUGGCACCAUGUAUGUCUACCAGGACAAGAUGGUCCUAAAAGGCCGAGGACUCGUCCCAGACAGAACACUACUCUACCGGGAGAAACAGAGGAUGGCGGGAAAGAGCUGCAGGCAAUCUGCUGGGAAGACGGAGAAAUGAAGCUGGAGCACAGGAUGAACAAAAGGAAACAGCAAGGCGGACCCAGAAUGUCAGAGCUCCGUCCAAAGGAAAGAAUACUACACGAUCUGUGCAACAUGCUGUCUACUGCUCAUACAUGUAACAUGUAAACCUGUAUAAUACCUAAUGUGACAUAGGAGACAUUAUUUUCAACGUGUAAUACUUAAUAAAUUAUUUUAGAAUUGG